AUGUUGGCUCUACCCGGUAGUUCCCUAGGAAAAUCUGUCGAAGAUGAUUCCCAGCUUUCCCUUGUGGAACCUUUCUACUGGAGAAUGAUGACAGAUGAUUUAAUCAAGCUGAAUAAAAAAGAAGAACGAAAGCAAUAUUCUCCCAAAACGAAAAGGGGACUUCCUCAGAAUGGCGCUCGUCAGUUCAGGACACCAGGCUCCAAGUGGGGAAUCCAGCAGCAGAAAGGUUAUGGGAAAAAUCGUUUGGGACGCAGAAAGAAGGUAGCAGGGAAGAAACGUUCUUACGGAGUUAUAACUGGCUUGGCAGCCAAGAAGGCAAUGGGUUCGCGCAAAGGAAUUAGUCCUCUGAACAGACAGCCACUUAGUGAGAAGAAUACACAGCGGAAUUACCCAAUUUUGAAAAAGAAAACAACCCUGCAGAGACAAUCUGAAAUGCAGAGAAAACAAGCACCAGCCCUCAGGAGACCUGCCCCACUAAGCAGAAGGAAUAACAUACAAUCCACUUUUGCCAGAAUUGGAAACAAACUGAAUCAACAGAAAGACACUCGUCAAGCGACCUUCCUGUUUAGAAGGGGCCUGAAGGUUCAGACCCAAGUGCAGCCAGCAGAUGAUCUAGAUAAUCAGACAGUAAAAAGAACACGUCAAUGGCGAACUUCUACCACAAGUGGAGGGAUUCUGACUGUAUCUAUUGACAACCCAGGAGCAAUCAUAAAUCCAAUUUCCCAGAAAUUACGAUUAACUCGUACUCCUGUGCCCCCAUUUCUGAUGAAGAGGGACCAAUCUGAAGAGAAGAAGAUUCCCAAAGGAGUUCCUUUGCAGUUUGAUAUCAAUAGUGUUGGAAAACAGACAGGAAUGACUUUGAAUGAGCGUUUUGGGAUCUUGAAGGAACAAAGAACAGCGCUGUCCCAGAGCAAAGGAAGCCGUUUUGUAACCGUGGGCUAACCUGCUGAGUGGAUUCUGUACUGAUCCCACCUAUCCAAGAAACUGAGAUAAAAGUGGGCAGAAGAACACAGCAUACGUCACUGAAAUUCUCCAGACUUCUUGCUAAGAUACUGGCAGAGAUAACUGUCUUUAUUACUUUUUACUUGGAACAGUAAAAUACAUGAUGCCCUAGGGUGAAAAAGUGGGGAAACAAACCUGCCAGAGCGACACAAUGAUCUGGUUGAAAAAGAUUUUGUUGCCCAGCUGAUGACAAAUACUGUUUUUUUUGG